AUGGACAACCGCACAGGAUCCUGCUCUUGUUGCGUCAAUCCCCGAGUGCGCAGCAUGAUCGAGGAUUGUGUCCGCGAGACAUGCACUAUAAAGCAAAGCCUAACGGCUAAAAACAUAUCUUCAACGCUGUGUGGCGCGCCUGUCAGUAACAUCGGCUCCCAAUUGAAGGUCCUCAACAUCACACUGUUCAGCAUCACGGCGGCGGUCGCGUUCAUUCGCCUUCUAUUCAAAUACUUCUCCGGUGCCAACACUGGAUGGGAUGACAAUGCCAUUAUAGCUGCAUUGCUUACUGGUGUACCAUCUGUUGUGCUUGUGGACAGACUCCUCAUUCCUAAUGGACUAGGCAGAGAUGUCUGGACUUUACCAUUUGACACUAUAACUGCCUUUCGGCGCGCUGCCUACAUUCUCCCAAUUCUGUACUUUCUCCAGGCCGGUCUUGUCAAGAUUUCUAUUCUUCUCUUCCUCCUACGAAUCUUUCCGAGGCCUACUACUCGCAAGCUAUCAUAUGGAACUCUUGUCUUUACUUCCCUUUGGACAGUUGCGUUUAUCCUUGCUGGAGCCCUCCAAUGCCGACCGCCCAGUUUCUAUUGGAUAUCUUGGGAUAUGAAAAGCCAAAAGAGUUGCAUCGAUUUCGGCGCACUCAACUGGGCGAACUCGGUUCUCGGCAUCGCUCUGGAUACUUGGAUACUGGCUAUACCAUUGUUUGAAGUUAUCUAUGUCCAGCUAUCGUGGCGUCGAAAACUGGGCGUGUCUUUGAUGUUCUUUGUCGGAACCUUUGUUACGGUUGUCUCCGCUCUUCGAUUACAGUCCAUCGCACACUUGGAGCAUGCUGACAAUCCCACACGGGACAUGACUGCUAUCAUCUACUGGUCUAGUAUAGAACAGGACGUAGGAAUUCUUUGCACGUGUAUGCCCACAAUUCGGAGAAUUCUUGUACGCAUAUACCCUUUGGUCUUCGAUUCAAAGAACAGAAGCUCCAGAACAGACUAUGAUUACGGCAGUUACAGUCAUGGUCUUACUGGUAAUGGAGGAGCCAUAGAAACGACAGAAGGCGACGCAAACCGCUCACAAAAGUCGAACACGGCACCAAACAUCUUCCACAUGCAGACAUUCGACGUGCAAUUUGAGCAGAACUUGGAUAACGAUGAGAGUGCAUUAGUAAAGAUGGGGAAUCUUGCUAGAACACCCUCAGGGGUACAAAGCAGCAAUAUAAGCGAAGUAAGCUUAUAA